UUAAUUAGAGCAAACUGAUGCAAGAGGAACCAGGGACAUCUGUGUGCAUAUGAUUUAAGUAAUUUUAUUGUUUCAUCUGAAUCCUCUUUCUACUUUUUGGAUCACAAAAAUACAAAAUGGGAAAAGAGAGCAGCUUCAGUUCAACAGCGAAUCUAGAUUCUUGUUCUGUCUAAUAACUAAAUAGAUUAGAAUUAAGCAUACUUUACAAAUGGGUCAUGCAUUAGAUAACAAACGUUUAGAUAAAACAUACCAAUAUAUAUACACUCUCUUGUAACCCAGUAUAUUUACAAGAAAGUGGUUUGGAAAUGAGUCAAUGUUUAGAGUUGGCUAUAGGUAAGACACACCGUCUCGGCUGAAAUGAUCACCACGUAGGAGGGCGCUUUUUUGCAGCGGUUCAUUCUCCGCCUAUACGUCAAAAGCCUCUUGAAGCAAGUGCAUGAAACUUUGAGGCACCAUGCCGAAAUCUAAGAAGGAACACCUGGAGAAUACUUUUGAGGAUCUGGGGGAGGGAAAUCUAAGAAAGUUUAAACUCAAAUUGCGCGAUCGGAAGGAAGAACCGCGCGUACGACAAGCUACAAUUGAAAAAGUUCAAGACCAUCUAGACCUCGCUGAUUUGAUGGUGAACACUUUCACAGAGCCAGGCGCUGUUCCUGUAACACUCGAAAUAUUAGAGGUUAUUGGCUGUAAUCAACUGGCAACGGAGCUCAGAGAGAACAUAGGAGACGGAGCUCCAGUUGUUCCUGGACCUGGCCCGGGGGCUCCAUCUGCUGAGCAAUUCAUCGAUACGAAUUGGACAGCACUGAUAGCAAGAGUUAACAAUGUGGACGCCAUCCUAGAUGAACUUCUUCAGAAGAAAGUCAUCUCAGUCGAGGAUUACAGUAACAUUCGUGCUGAGAAAACCAAACCAAAUAAGAUGAGAGAGUUAUUAACAGGCCCAAUUAACUCUGCUGGCGCUAGAGGGAAAGAUGCUUUAUAUCAAGCUCUCAAGAAGUCAGAGAUCUUUCUAAUUCAAGAGCUUGAGGCUCAGGGAAAGUGAAUCUGUCACAAAAUCAGGUCCAUCAUAUCUUUAUUGAGGAGUAAAACACUUGUCUAAUGUCUUGAAAAAAUUGUCUUUGCUCACUUAAAUCUUUUUAUCACCAGUCAAUAAACAACAAAGUCAAGAAA